UCUGCCAAUGUCGCUCUCUCGAUCUCUGUCUUCCAAAGAUAGGCUGAGUUCCGUCGCCAACAAAAGUCACACUUUCACUCCGAUAUUCAGCCGCAGUAGCUAAUACAAAACGUCUCUCUCUCUCUCUCUCUCUCUCUCACACACACACACACAGAAAGCAAAAAGAUCUCUCAGAGGGAGACGGUACCUUACAGCUGCAACAAUUGUAGUAGUCACCGUUGCCCUCGCUGGCGGCGUCGCGGAGUUCGUGACGGAUCCACGAACGGCAGUGAAGCCGUUAAUCGCGACUGCACGGGAACGAAGAAGACGAAUCGCGACGGAAAGGAGACGGCUUCACUUGGCUCUGGUAGCUUCAAGAUCGUUCGGACGGCGGUUUCUCUCUGCCUUACUCUCUCUUCCUCUCUCCAAUUCGCCGGCGUCAAUCCCCUUUCGUCGGAACCAAACGGAACAAGGAUUGACCGUAGUUGAUGAGACUGUGUACGAGAAGUUGCCUUUGUGAUUAAUCUCAGAAGAAUGCUUAUGCUGUAGCCUCAUCUGGUGUGCGAUAAUUCCAAAUUUCGGGUGAAAGCAGAUGGCGAAAAAUUUCUGCGAUUCUCGGAUCCUUCUCUUGGUUGCAGCUGGUGUUUUCAUCUACAUUCAGAUGAGGCUUUUUGCAACACAAUCAGAAUACGCUGAUCGCCUUGCCGCCGCUAUUGAAGCUGAAAACACUUGUACGAGUCAAAUGCGAUCACUGAUAGACCAGAUUAGCUUGCAACAAGGACGAAUUGUGGCCCUAGAAGAAGAGAGGAAUCGCCGAGAUCAAGAAUGUGGACAGAUGAAGUCUCUUGUUCAAGAUCUUGAAAGAAAAGAUGUGCAGAGGCUGAUCAACAAAGUUCAGGUUCCAGUGGCAGCUGUUGUGAUCAUGGCAUGUAAUCGCGCUGAUUACCUAGAGAGGACUAUCAAUUCUGUAUUGAAAUACCAAAAACCCAUUUCUUCAAGAUAUCCUCUAUUUGUAUCUCAGGAUGGAUCAAAUGCUGAUGUUAGAAGUAAGGCAUUGAGCUAUGACCAGUUGUCCUAUAUGCAGCACUUAGAUCUGAAACCAGUUCAAACUGAAAGACCAGGGGAGUUAAUUGCUUACUACAAGAUUGCACGUCAUUACAAGUGGGCUCUAGAUCAGCUGUUUUACCAUCAUAACUUUAGCCGAGUAAUCAUUCUUGAAGAUGACAUGGAAAUAGCUCCUGAUUUCUUUGAUUAUUUUGAAGCUACAGCAGCUCUCCUUGACAAGGAUAAGUCAAUUAUGGCUGUUUCUUCGUGGAAUGACAAUGGACAGAAGCAGUUUGUACAUGACCCAUAUGAACUUUAUCGGUCAGACUUCUUUCCUGGGCUAGGAUGGAUGCUUGCUAGAUCUACAUGGGAUGAACUGUCACCAAAAUGGCCAAAGGCUUACUGGGAUGACUGGUUGAGGCUAAAAGAGAAUCACAAAGGACGACAGUUUAUCCGACCGGAAGUAUGCAGAACAUAUAACUUUGGUGAGCUUGGUUCUAGUUUGGGACAAUUUUUUAGGCAAUAUCUUGAGCCAAUCAAGCUGAAUGACGUCCAGGUUGAUUGGAAGUCAAAGGACUUGAGCUAUUUGCAGGAGGAUAAAUAUGCCCAACACUUUGCUAACAUUGUUGCCAAAGCCAAACCUGUCUCUGGAGUUAACGUGCUUCAAGAGACGAAUAAUAUAGAUGGCGAUGUACGUAUCAAGUAUAGAGAUCAAUCAGACUUCGAAUACAUCGCUGGUCAAUUUGGUAUAUUUCAAGAGUGGAAGGAUGGUGUGCCCAGGACAGCCUACAAAGGAGUAGUCGUUUUCAGAUAUCCGUCCACAAGCGGUAGGCGAGUAUUCCUUGUUGGUCCUGAAUCUUUGAAGCUACUCCGGAUUAAAGAUUCAUAGACCAGAGAGGAUUUAAUCUUCCUUGCGAGAGACUUGUCAUUUUUUUUUUUUCGGAUAUCAACAAUGGUUUUGGAAAGCAAUUGAUACCGAGCUUUAAAAUGACGCGCUGUAUAAAUACUCAUCAAUGUCAAAAUCCACUGCUCUGAAACUGCAUACGUUGAGUGUGCCGCGCUGCAAAUUAUGACCACAGUCCCAUGUAUCUUGUAAGAUGUUUUAUUGAAACUAUUGUGGCUAGCACUGAUACACUGGGUGGCCAUUUUUGGUUUUAUCUUAACUUAUCAAACAUUAUUGGCCUUGAUAAUCUUUAGAUUUAUAUCC